UGGAUCUCAUUCUGCGCACCUUGUAUGCGCAUCGUAGUAGGAUCCCUGAUAGUAAAUUUGUUUGUAACCAGCCUAAAUUGCAGACGAUUUUUACUGCUGUGCAUGUUUGUUUCCAUGUACGGGGUCUAGCCAGAACGAUGCAAAUAUGGUGUCAAUUCCCAGUCCCGAGUUGAGAAAAACACGGUGUUGAGAUGGACAGAUACAUCACUAGAAUGUCUUUUCUGUGCUAGAAACAACUACUUUUUGGAUUUCUAGGAUGAUCAGAGCUUCUGUGUUAUUGGUAUAAUCCCCUUUUGUAGAGUAAAAUGAGAGUGAAGCUGGUAACCCAUUCGGAGAUAUUUGGACAGUUCUCUGGCGUUUAAUUAAUUCUCGGAGGACAUUUUUUUCACAAUAAUUUCUUAUUUCAUGUAUAAAUUGCUUUGUAAAUCCCUUGUUUUUAAUCUCUGUGCUGGAUAAAUGUUGUGAUUUUCAAACAUAUCAACAGAAUAAUAGUGAUCUCUUGUUCUGUUGUUUCAGUAAGUUAAAACAAGUUUGAUUUCCUGGUUGACACAUAUAUUCAUUCAUAUUGAAGUCUUGUACCUGUCUGUCUUUUGUAAAAUCAUAGAUUAGAUGCUUGCAGUUUUGUGUUGAUUUAUUCGUACAAUUAUGUCCAGAAAACCUGCCAAAUCUAGUGAUAAUUUGGCUGUGGCAGAAAGACUUGCUGAUUAUAAAGGGGAGAGUGUUACACCAAUUGUUAACCAAGGGGCAGGUGAUUCGCCAGAUCUUGAAACUCACAGACCAUUUCAUUCAGAGAUGAACUACGCAGAUGAUAUCGGAGCAUCAGUGGAUAAUAUCUCCCUGAAGGACAAUCUCCAUGCCAAAGAAAUCACAAAGGAGAAAAAGUACAGUCAAGGCUCAAUAGCAGUAGAUCCUGUGAUUGCCAAAAAGCAGGUGACUGUGACAGCCCCUGGAACUAACAAAGCAAAACCAACAGUAACUGGAAGACCAUCCAUAAGGGCAGAUCUGGAUGUUGCUAAGGAGUUCAAAAAGUGUAAAGAAGAAGGUGCUCAGCGUUUGGAUCUAAGCAAGUCACAAAUUUCAGCUCUACACAGUAGUGUUAGAGAGUUAACCCAACUGUCAGAAUUCUAUUUGUAUGGAAACCGUCUGACUCAGUUACCACCAGAGAUUGGUUACUUGACUGGUCUCUCGACGCUGGCACUAAGCGAGAAUUCAAUAACAACACUUCCAGAUUCCUUAGAAAACUUAACAAAGUUGAGAGUUCUUGACUUAAGGCAUAAUAAAUUGCAGGAGAUUCCGAAUGUAGUGUAUCGGCUGAAGUCGCUGACCACGCUCUUUCUUAGGUUUAAUAGAAUUAAACACGUAGAAGAGGACAUUUCCAAUCUCACUAAUUUAACAAAGUUCAGUUUGAGGGAGAACAAGAUAAAAGAGCUUCCUCAAGGAAUUGGACAGUUGGUCAAUUUGGUGACCUUUGACAUUUCCCACAACCACCUGGAGCACUUACCUGAAGAUAUUGGAAACUGCAUAAUGUUGAACUCCCUUGACCUGCAACACAAUGAGUUGCUAGAUAUUCCAGAUUCCAUUGGUUAUCUGAAGUUGUUGACCAGGCUUGGCUUACGGUAUAACCGGUUAAGUGCCAUCCCACGCACCCUGGCAAACUGUUCUAUGAUGGAUGAGUUCAAUGUGGAAGGAAACAACAUAUCAAGCCUACCGGAAGGGUUGCUCUCUAGUUUAACCAAUCUGACGAGUAUCACACUGUCGCGGAAUGCGUUCCAGUCCUACCCGACAGGUGGACCAUCCCAGUUUUGUUCGGUGUAUGCAAUUAACUUGGAGCACAAUCAGGUGAACAAGAUUCCGUUUGGGAUAUUCUCACGAUCAACAAGUCUAACAAAGUUAAACAUGAAGGAUAAUCAGUUAACAUCUCUUCCUCUUGAUAUGGGUACCUGGACGAAUAUGGUGGAGUUGAACCUUGGCACGAAUCAGCUGACGAAGAUCCCAGAUGAUAUCCAGAAUCUGGAGAAGCUUGAAGUUCUUAUUCUUAGUAAUAAUUCCCUCAGGCGGUUAACGUCGAGCAUUGGUAACCUGAAGAAACUCAGAGUAUUAGACCUAGAGGAGAAUCGCUUGGAACAGCUUCCUCAAGAAAUUGGUCAACUGAGAGAGCUUCAGCGACUUGUUGUCCAGUCCAACCAACUUACCUGUCUGCCACGAUCAAUAGGGUUCUUAAAAAAUCUUCAGUAUUUGGGAGCAGGAGAAAAUAAUCUUACGUCCUUACCUCAAGAAAUUGGUACAUUAGAAAACCUGGAAUCCCUCUACAUUAAUGACAACCCCGAGUUGCACAGUCUGCCGUACGACUUGGCGUACUGCAGCAACCUCCAGAUCAUGAGUAUUGAGAACUGUCCACUCAGUCAGAUCCCAGCGGAAAUUGUAGCCAGGGGGCCCUCUCUGGUCAUACAGUACCUCAAGCUCCAAGGUCCAUAUUGCCAGAUGCGAGACUAAAACCAUUAUCCAAGACUUGGCGGAAUCAUUGUCAGCAUCGACCAUGAGUUUGUUAAUGGACUGUGUGAUACAUUAAUACAUUACACCAACCCUCUGCUGUACUCCGUAGGUCAUAGAAUUAUGACAUGCUCCAGUAAUGCUGUCCUCUCACACAGCAGAGCAUCAACAUCAUCAUUGUCAUCCUCCUCAUGAUCAUCGCCAUCAUCAUCAUGAUCAUCAUCAUUGCUGUAAGCUUUAUUUUGCUAGUUUAAUGUACUAAGUUUUAACGGGCAGUGACGUUGGCUUGAUAUGAGAACCAGCAGGUUUUCCACAGCAAAUCUGGUCUGGCAGCAAGCAGUCAGUUGAUGGGAGUGUCGUUUAGUUGCGUCUCCAUAGCAACGUGAAUCCUCAAGUGCAGAACGCCUGUUACAGUAAUAUUUUGGUGCUUUUCAUGAUCAUUGUCUCGGAAUAUUAACUGUUUUGUGUGUUUUGCUCCCUGGUAAUUGUGAUUUUUAUAUAUUGCUUGUUUAUUAUAUUAUAUUAUAUAAUAAAAUUGUGAUAGUUUUGAUGUAUUUUAUCCCCCGAAAUGUUCAUUAUUAAUAUUUUGCUUGUGAUCUGACUUAAUAAUGUUAGUUGAUGUCUGUUCUUCAGAUUACUUACAAAGAGUCUGUCUAUGAGUAGAUUGCAAUACACAACAUACACAAUGGCAUACACCCAAACUUUUAAUUGAAUAAUAAGUUAUGAAAUGCACAACAACCAUUUGUUCAGACAUGUUUCAUGAAAUAUUAAAUUAUUUUAAUUAAUGAUUUUUUUUUAUGUCAGUAAAAUGAUUCAUGUUGAAAAUAAUUUCCCAUCCCAGUUAAAAACACCAAAACACGUAACAAAUUGAAAACAUUUCUGCCUCUGGGUUGUUUUUUUAAAGCCAUUUACCUAAGUUUUUGUCGUGAUAUCAUCCAGAAGGGAAUCUAUUGCUGUAGAUGGUGUGCUGUUUGUAAUGUUGUGAAGUAUAGUUAACACCAUCACUGAUUCAUUUGAAAUGUUAAGUAGGCAUCUUACUUUAAAGUAUUGCUUAGGAUUUUGUUCUAGCUGUAGUUACCUGUACGUGGAACUACUACCCAAGAACUGGCAGGCCAGUUUAGCCGUGACUUGUAGGAUAGAUAGCCUAUUGUAUAUUAAGUACAUUCUUUCAUGUAUAUAUUUUCAAUGUUUUACAAUGAUCAUAACAAAAAUGUACAAAUAAUGGAUUACGGGGGGAAAAGAGAAACUGAAUCUGUAACCUGUAGUAAAACUGCCACGCGAAAUAUGUGGUAUAAAAACUUAUUAUUGAUAUAUUAAGAUGUAAAAUUAAUAGUAUUUACCAUAUACACAAGAAAUACAUAAUCGAUCUCUAUUACAUGUAAUACGGGGUACAAUAUUUCUUUCAUUCUUUGCGUAUGUCAGUGAUACAUUUGAUGUGUGGCACAUUAGUAAUUAAAUAGAAGAUACAAUCUCUUUUAAAAAAACAAACACCGGUUGAUUUAAGAUAUAUUUGAAAUGUUGUACAAUUGUAGUAGAAUUGGGUAACUCACCAGUUACGCAAUAUAAUUCAUGUGACUGAACAAUAGGUUACCUAGGUAAAAAUUGAAUGAAUCAACUUCUGGUUAAGUACAAUUGUGAAAUAUUGUCCCCUGUAGUACUGAUGUUAUAUGUAAAUACUAAAACUAUAAACCAACUUGAAAAUACUACAUAUCAUCGCUGUACACUUUGUAUGUGGAAUUUGAAUCCUUCAGUUUAGACUCUUAUUAUCACAGCUGACUGCGCUGUAUUGGGAUUCUCAUGUUGACUUUUUAUAUAUAUAUAUAUCAUUUUUGGCAAACUAUAUUUUGCUGGCAACCUUGAUAAGCUGUGUUUGAUAUAAUAAUGUAUAUUUACAUGGAGCAGUUAAACACUGCAGGAUAGGAGUAGUAAAAAUACACAUGCAGGAGUUCUGUUUGUAUUCAUGUUUUUAUUGAUUAGUUUGAAAUAAAUUUGAAUUCCACAUCAUCCGAAAUUAAGUGUAUUUGAGCAACAAUAAUAUACUAUGCAAAGUUUGCUAAGGGGAUCACGAAUUCCAGAUCAUUUAACGUUAAUGUGUUCCACAUUAAUCACUAAAUUGUACUAAUACACAAUAGUUAAAUGUUUAAUGAAUUGAAAAUUGCAAGAAUUCAUCCAUUUAGAGGGAAAAUUAGCUACAUGCCAUAGGGUAUGCACACCUCUGAAAACUAUUUUGGUGAUCACACAUGAAGAUAUUUACAGAUAAUGAACAACAAUGGAACAUCUUUGACUGAGGUACAAUGUCAAGAUCAUACGUGAAAACCUCUUGCCAUAAUAACUGGCAUUGUUAUUUCAUGCUCCUAAUCAGCCGGAACAUAUAUCUGUAGACGGUCAUAUAUCUGUAGAAGAUUGUUCCAUUUCUCCCAAAAAUGUAUAUGUGAUCCUUUGCAAACUUUGAAUAGUAUAUUUGGAAGCGAUAUUGUCUGAUAGUGUUUUAUGCUUCUGGGACCUAAUUCACUAAACUCUCACAACUUUGCGAUGUCGCAGUGCAAUGCAAAGAGACUUGCAAAGAGGAUACUUUGUUGUCUAGAAGAGCCUAAGAGAGGUUUGUGAAUUAGGCCCCUGGUGUCAUUUUCUUUAUGUUUACAUGGCAAGCCAAAAGGAUACAGUCAUUUUCUAUUUGACUGUCAAAUUUUCCAAAUGAUUAAUUUUAGCAGCCAAAUACAGUCAAGACAUUGUCUUCGCCUGCUAUCUCAUGAGCUUAAGAUAGAUGUAUCUUGAGGUAGAAAAAUUGUCCCAUGCUAUAAUUUUCAUCAUCUCUUGUUAUGUUUAUCACAAACCACCAUUACCUUGAGCUGUUUGGGUUAUUUCCCUUCAACAAUGAUAUAUAAUGAAGUUUGACCAUAGUCAUUUUAAAUUAUUUUUUCGAAAUUAAUGUGUUGUGUAGUUUUGACAGUAUGAAGAAAUAAAUUAAUGAAAGGUAUACCAUUAGACGUACAUGUUUGUUCUGUUACAGUGUCAUGUUGUAGACAGGAUUUAUGGUCCGUUUGUUUUAAUAAAUUUGGUAAUAAUGUGAAGAAAAAAUCAAACCUUUAAAAACAUGACAGUUCCAUUCUGUUAUAAGCAUUUGAUUUUUUGUUUGUUGAUUUUUUAAUUUACAAAACCAAAUAUGUUUAUUUGUUUAUUUGCAGGAACUUAAUUAUCAUGCUUUACGUAGAAAACAGGGUUUUUUUUUUGCAUGCAUUUAAAUAUCUUAUUAAAGGUGAAAUUACGUUAUGGCCUAUACAGUAUUACACCAGUUGAUAAGUUCACUUCAGGUAAAUAUAUAACACUCCGAUUAGGUUUUCCUUCCAUUGAAUAGGAGUAGCCUAUGCAGAGUUUAAGCUGGAUCAGAAAAAAUAUAUAUUUGCAGUUUGGAGAACUUGGCUAGAAAAUCUUUAGCAAUACUCUAGUUUCAAACAGUCUAAAUAACAGUAGUUCUUUUGUUCUUUGUACAAUAAAAUACGUUUUCAAUUAAUCAAGAUUUAAGAACCAGGGGCCUAAUUCACUAAACUCUCGCAACUUUUCGAUCUCGCAGUGCAGUGCUAAAAGACUUGCAAAGAGGAUGCUUUGUUGUCUAGCAGAGCCUAAGAGACCUGUGUGUAUUAGGCCCCUGCUCCCAAUUUUACAAAACAUCAUAAGCCUAGUUUUGCAUGUAAAUGUAAAUCUACAACUAAACCACAAUUUUAAUUAUUAUUCAAAGUACAAUAAAUAUAAUUUGAAGUACACAAAUUUCAUUUUCUUUUAUCCUUUUAGUGCUCGAUCUUCCAUAACAUGUAAUUUUCUGGUUGAAAUAGAUGCCAAUUAUGGGUGUGGUUUUUUUUUUUUUUUAUCAAUGUGAUUCCAUUUUAUGAAAGCUUAAUAAUAUCCCAGCAAAGUACAGAAGGAAUUAUGAUUUAAGUUAUAUUUGUGGUGCUGGGCCCCGUUCCAUGAAUCGAUUUUAACGCUAUGAUUACCUUACUUGCUUUUGAAACAAGUGGAUCAGUAGUCCAGUAUUUGAAUGGUUGCUAGCAGAUUAUGUAGUUAACACUGAGUUGAUACAAAGCAGUGAGUUCACUUAGUAUGAAUCUUGUAAAUGCAAACUUCACUGCAUUGUCUAUUGCCGUAGGCAGUUGCAAACUCCACUGCAUUGCCGAUUGCUGUGGGCAAUUGCAAACUCUACUGCAUUGCCGAUUGCCGUAGGCAAUUGCACCACGGCAAUUGCAGGGGUUGAAAUUGUAUCUUUGGUUGUACUCGGUAUACUACUUUUUUUUAAAGUAUUUUUCUUUUGUUGAUUCUCUUUUAAUUGUCAGUGUUAAUAUAUUACUUUUCAUUUAAAUCAGUAAAUUGAUUGGAAUGGCUUUUUCUCUUUUUACAUGUAUUGGUUAAUUAACUAGUCCUUUGUCCAUCUAAAACAAAGCAAAUGUACCAUGAUACAAGGUUGCAUUCUGCAGUAAAAUUGUAUGAACUGAAGACAUAAAAAAAUAUUUUGUGUCAAUUCCAGCGUAUUUUAUUUUAAUGGGUUGUCUUGUAUAAAAAGGCAGUGUCCGUAUUUACAUUUAUUCUUUCUUGUCCAUAUUGCAGAUAAAUGUCACAUAUAUAUGUAUUCCAAAAUGUGCUACUGAUUGAUCAAAGUGCAAUAAUUUAAAAACAUUGUUGUCUUUUUUCUUUUUCUUUUUUAAAUUCUGUAAAUUCCAUUAGCAGGUAAAUACAUUUUUUAUUAAAGCUCUAAUAUUGAAAUAUUUUAUUUCUGCAAGCUACUCAAUUUAUGAUAAUCAUGCAUUGUUAAUAGUUGACACCUACAUUUUAAAAUAUUAAAAACAAGUGAAGUUAGUUUAUCAAACUUUCAUUGGUAUGUAUUGCCAUUAUGAAAAAUAUUUUUGGAACAUAAAUCCAUCAAUAGCACAAAUCCAAAAUCGAAAUAUAGCUUACAAUACAUAUAUAUAUAAUACAUACAGACACAUACACACACACAAACACACGCACACACACACACGCUCACACACACGUGCACACACACUUGUAAAUAUAAAACAUACUUUGACCAUGCAUCUUCUGUGUUAUCAUGUGUUUCUGUUUUGUAGCAUACUGUAUAAACUAAUGAUGAAACUUUAGCUACUGAAAUAAGUACUGGAAAAUGCAAAUACAUGUAUUGCUAUGGCAUUUUCCUAUUUAGGUGUUUGUACAUCGCACUGGCCUGUGGAGCAGUCAGGUUUUGUUUGAUAACUGUAUAGCAGCGCACGGGGGGAGAGCUUGGAUACCUCAGAUUUGUGAUAACUUGAAAUGCUCGUGAUUGUAACAAUAUGGCUGCCGCCUCUCGGAUUGUGAACAAGCAAAAGUUUAGUUUGUGUGUGCAUGUGGGUGGCAUUUGAUCAACUCUGUAGACGUUGUAUACAUACUGAUACAUUUUACUAAUGCUUCAGACGAGACAUAUGACAUUUUUAAAACCGUGGAUCCAUGGGUACGUAUCAAGAUUUCUUUGUUAAUAACAAUUCGCUGGACAGACACCAUGUGAACAUUAGUUGAAUUUGUAAAGAGUGGGAAUGACUCUUCAUUUUUACGUCGUUUUGGCUCUAAGGCCUUGUUGAACUUAACAGUGCAGAGAUAGUAAUUCGGCAUGUAUGUAUGUCUGGGUAUAAAGCUUUAAUAUUAACAGAUAGGGAGUAAUAUAAAGGGCCGUUCGCAUUAGAUAGGGAGUAUUAUAAACGGCCGUUCGCAUCAGAUAGGGAGUAAUAUAAACGGCCGUUCGCAUCAGAUAGGGAGUAUUAUAAAGGGCCGUUCGCAUUAGUAUAUAGAGGAAAUUUCAUGUUUUUUGUAAAAUAUGAUUUAUAUCUCAUCGAGUGAAGUUUGCAAUGAGUGUGAUAUGAUUGCAAACUUCACGAGUGACCGAUAACACUUUUAUUUCAUUGAUAUUUUAAGAUAUUUCACUAAAUGUUGUAUAAUAAAACCAGGAUAUUACAUUGGAGGGGGACACCUACAUUGACUAAAUUGUAUUAUGGAACGAGAGGCAAAUAUAAAAGGUGGUGUGAAAAAAAGAAAGAAAAAGAGACGUGCUGGGGCGGGUGGACAGACCCCUCCCCCUCCCCCUAGUGCCAACACACAGCAACGCCAGUGGCGCACACGGCUAUCGGCAUUUUAACUCGAGUACAAACUACACGGAGAGUGAGAGUUAGGGCGUUAAUACCAGCAAAUGUUUUGAAAACGACGGCCCGACCCGUACCCCCAUCACACACACACACAUCAUCAACCAUGGGCCUCGAGCAUUGAAUGUAGAUUGAUUUUAGUCCAUAUCAGAUUCUGUUCCAAAUUAUGCUAUAGAUUACGGACAAGACCCCCACCCACGUACCUCCCACCCUCCCUUAAUCUCUGAAUUGUUAUGCUCGAUCAAGAGAUCUGGGAAGUCGUUCAACGAAGGUUCUGAAAUCUGUGAUUGAAAUAACGGUACUCGCGUAAGAGCUAAAAACCGAUGCCGGCUAUGACUAAUGCUCUGAAUCUGUUACUACUAAGCAAGUAAUACUGUCCAGCAUGUUUCGUAACAAGAAUUUCUAUAUAUGUAUUCCGUGGAUCACGAAUUUUGUUCUCCACUCAAAACCAUCCCCUGUUCACGUCAUCCCUAAUUCCUGUCUAUAUAUUAUCUGAAUUGGGCUGAUCGAAACGAAUAAGUCCAUCACGGGAAGUACACGUAUUGUUGUUAUAAAGAAAGUGCACCUCUGUCGGUUACUUGUAUAAUAAAGAUUAUAUACGCAGCAUUGACGAGGACGUUUGUUAAUACGUAAAUCGUAUUGGUCAAUAAUCGAUUGAAAUGCGUUUUGGACAUGGUUCUUGUGCGCAGUUUGCGAACAUCAUUGUUGCACUGGAUGGUAUUGGUAAUAUUACAGUCGGGUGAAUGAGGCGGAACUGUAGCUUAGUAAGUGAAGAUGUAUAUAUACAAUCAAAUGAAUAAACUUAAUGCCAUACUA